AUGAUCUCCCCAGUAGGCACUGCCAUUCUUUGGGCUAUGCAGUGUCCUGUUGCAGAGGAUUACCGCACGGCUGCGCUGGCUGCAUGGGAAUGCUUCUCUGCACCCAUGGAAAUCGGUCUAGGCCGCCCCUCUGGCCGGCCCCAGUCCCAUCACUACCAACAACAGUCGCGGAACAGCAGGGUUAACGGGAGAGUUGCGGACAGCGACGGGGAUCAGGGUCCCAUUCAAGCAGAGGUGCGUCGCAUGAAUUUGGCUGAUGACAGCGCCAAGGUGCGACGGAUGGCGCUGCGCAUUCUCAUAUCGCGGCAAAAAUGUCGCAGCAUCGCCUGCUCUCUUGACACGUCACGCUGA